CAAAAUUAGUAACAGACAGAGCAAUAAGCAUUCAUAAUUUCAUACUAAAAAAGAGAGAAUAAUUCUUUGCUUGAGAGAAGAAGACUGUUUUGAGCUUUAAACACCUCUUUAAUUUCUCUAAUGUUUUUAAACUUUUUGUUUCAUCUUCUUCAUAUUUCUAUAAAUAUGAUUCACUCAACUCAAUCCAACUUUUCAUAUUUCCCAUUCAUAUUUGGGUAUCAAGGUAUGUGUGAAGGAAUGUUGAUUUGAGUUGAGGAGUCAAUUGCCAAACUACAAAGCUUUUAUAGCCAUGAUUGUGUUAUUGAAGAGUACAAGGUUUAAAAACAGAUCAAUCAUGGUAAAGGUGCAGUUUUUGUUGAUUUUCAGUUGUGUUUUUGUUCCCAUGGAAGUGUUGUGUGAGGUUGGAAAUGGCAGUGCUAGUGUUUCGUCUUCGAGACCGAGUGUUGUGAAUAUAGGAGCUUUAUUUACUGUGGAUUCUGUAAUUGGAAGAGCAGCUAAGCCAGCAAUUGCAGCUGCAGUAGAUGAUGUAAAUUCGGAUUCUAGUAUUCUUCCGGGGACGAAAUUGAACCUCAUUGUACAAGACACAAAUUGCAGUGGCUUUGUUGGAACCAUCGAGGCUUUGAAGUUGAUGGAAGCUGACGUGGUUGUCGCAAUUGGCCCUCAAUCUUCUGGAAUAGCUCAUGUGAUCUCACAUGUUGUUAAUGAACUUCAUGUUCCACUUUUAUCAUUUGGAGCAACAGACCCUACUCUUUCUGCAUUACAGUAUCCGUAUUUUCUCCGCUCUACACAAAGUGAUUAUUUUCAAAUGUUUGCAAUUGCUGAUCUUGUCACGUAUUUUGGUUGGAGGGAGGUUGUUGCUAUCUUUGUAGAUGAUGAAUAUGGCAGAAAUGGCAUAUCUAUAUUAGGUGAUGCUCUGGCAAGAAAACGAUGCAGGAUUUCUUACAAAGCGGCCUUCACCCCUGGAGCAUCUAAAAGCGCAAUCAACGACUUGUUAGUUGGAGUAAAUCUACAGGAAUCUCGAGUUUAUGUUGUACAUGUAAAUCCUGAUUCUGGCCUGCAAAUCUUUUCUGUUGCCCAAAGUCUCGGUAUGAUGACCAAAGGCUAUGUUUGGAUUGCUACAGAUUGGCUUCCUUCUUUUCUAGAAUCUAUAGAACCAGCUGACGUUGACACAAUGAAUCUGUUACAAGGGGUUGUUGCUCUUCGCCAUUACACACCUGAUACUGAUCAGAAGAAAAAGUUUAUAUCCAGGUGGAACAACCUAAAGAAUAAGGAGAGCACAGGACCUAGUGGAUUCAAUUCUUAUGCGCUCUAUGCUUAUGAUUCCGUAUGGCUAGCUGCUCGAGCUCUAGAUUCUUUUCUCAAUUCAGGUGGAAAUAUAUCUUUCUCUAAUGACCCAAAGUUGCAGCACACAAAUGGAAGCACAUUGCAUUUAGAGUCUCUCCGAAUUUUUGAUGGAGGCCAACAGUAUCUCGAAACACUUCUUAGGAUGAACUUCACAGGUCUUAGUGGUCAAAUUCAAUUUGACAAUGACAGAAAUUUAAUUCUUCCAGCAUAUGAUUUUCUUAACAUUGGUGGGACAGGAUCCCGCAGAAUUGGCUUUUGGUCAAAUUACUCUGGCCUUUCAGUUGUUCCGCCAGAGACCUUGUAUGAGAAGCCUUCCAAUACUUCUGAAAGCAACCAACAUCUUUACACUGUAAUAUGGCCAGGUGAAAAUACAAUAAUUCCUCGAGGAUGGGUAUUUCCAAACAAUGGGAAACCACUGCGCAUUGCAGUACCCAACCGAGUAAGUUAUCUAGAAUUUGUGUCUAAAGACAAAAAUCCUCCGGGAGUUAGAGGAUUUUGUAUUGAUGUGUUUGAGGCUGCAAUAAACUUGCUGCCAUAUCCUGUCCCUCGCACGUAUAUAUUAUAUGGAGAUGGUGAAAAUAACCCUGGGUACAAUGCACUUAUCGAUGCAGUUGCUCAAAAUCAUUAUGAUGCAGCUGUAGGCGAUGUUACAAUUGUCACAAAUAGAACGAGAAUUGUCGAUUUUACACAGCCUUACAUGGAAUCGGGACUAGUUGUAGUUGCUCCUGUCAAGAAACAAAAGUCUAGCGCUUGGGCAUUCCUCAAACCAUUUACCUUACCCAUGUGGUGUGUCACUGCUGCCUUCUUUCUUUUAGUGGGCGCUGUUGUCUGGAUUCUUGAGCAUCGGUUUAAUCACGAAUUCCGAGGUCCACCAAGGCAACAGCUUAUGACAAUUUUCUGGUUUAGUUUCUCAACUAUGUUUUUCUCCCACAGGGAGAACACUGUGAGCGCUUUGGGACGUUUGGUUCUCAUCAUAUGGCUAUUCGUAGUUUUGAUCAUCAAUUCAAGCUAUACAGCCAGUUUGACAUCAAUCCUCACUGUACAGCAGUUAACGUCGCGUAUUGAAGGGAUUGACAGCUUAAUUUCAAGUACUGAGCCAAUCGGAGUUCAAGAGGGAUCAUUUUCAUUGAACUACUUGAUUGAUGAGCUCAACAUAGCGAGAUCUCGACUUGUAAUAUUGAAAAACCAAGACGCAUAUUUAACUGCCCUUCAACGUGGACCGAAAGAUGGUGGGGUCGCUGCCAUUGUUGAUGAGCUUCCUUACGUUGAGCUGUUCUUGUCCAACGCCAACUGUGCAUUCAGGACAGUCGGUCAGGAGUUCACGAAAAGUGGAUGGGGAUUUGCAUUUCAAAGGGAUUCUCCGCUCGCGGUAGAUAUGUCAACUGCCAUUCUCCAACUCUCGGAAAAUGGCGAUCUCCAGAAAAUCCAUAACAAAUGGCUGACACGAACUGAGUGCUCUAUGCAAAUCAACGAAGUAGAUGCAAACCGACUCUCAUUGAACAGCUUCUGGGGUCUGUUCCUCAUCUGCGGCCUUGCUUGCAUUAUUGCUCUUACGUUCUUCUUCUGUAGGGUCUUUGGUCAAUUCCGCAAAUUUGCUCCUGACGAAGGUGGAGACAGAGCGGUGGAGGAGAUUGUGCCGGCAAGGCCUAGACGUACAUUACGCUCGACUAGCUUCAAGGAUUUAAUAGAUUUUGUAGAUAGGAAAGAAACUGAGAUUAAAGAAAUACUGAAGAGGAAGCAUAGUGAUAACAAACGACAAGCUAGCCCCAGCACAGAUGGACAAGCAAGUUCACCUGCUUAAGUUGGGAAAAACAUAAGCAAAUAGAAAAUCAAAUACCAUUUAAAUAUACCAUACACUUACAGAAAAUUAGGCCACUCUAUAGAGUUAAACUGAAAGAAUGUUCAAAAGAUGUAGUGCAUUUUGUAGCAUAAAUUUUUUUAUAUAAAAUUAAAUAUACUAGGUAAAUUAGUCCUCA